AGUGUCGUACACCACUCGUUCUUGCGCAUUCGCUAGUUUUUACACGAUUGUGUUGCGCACUCGCUAGUUUUUGCACGACCUGUUCCGCGCUCGGCAGGAAACUCUAUUAAUUUUGAAGACGAAUAGAAAUAAGAGCCGUGUUGCGAUGAGCCCUCCACUGAUCUAGGUCGUUUCUGUUACUUUUUUCGAUUUGGAAUUUAGUUUCACUUAACUUGUUUUGUCUCCGCUGAGAUAUCAACAAUCAAAAUGCAGCUACAAAGAUUUUUCUUGGAUCAGGUGGAAACGGCACCACGCUCGUGGUCUUCAGACUUUGCUCAACUUCAACUACAUCUUGCACCGCCACACCAGCCAGAUCUACUCCAUAGUUGUUCCUCCGGGCCUGGGUUGCACUAUGGUGAUGCUUUGGCAACGACGGGGACAACAGGAGUAGUACACCACGUCGCCUCCGGAGGCUCUGAUCAUCAGUGCGGUCUUCACCUUCGAGCAAGAACGUCCUUCUUCGGGUCGGCGACGGUAUGCACUGCAAAAGCGUCGUACUAGUAUAAAUUGCAUAUACAAAUUUCCCCAAGAACAAAAAUGCAAUUUGUCAUGCUAUUUCAGGUAGAAAGUUAGUUGGAUUUGUCAUGCAUAUCUGCAAUUAGUACGAGUGCGAUACUUUUGCACAGGAUAGACGGCGUCGAUGAACCACGAUGAACAAGUCGCAAAUGGGGCUUGUUCCGAGCACAGGAAGAUUUCCAGGAGGAGGGUGUCAUCUACAACGAGUUUCUGUUUAACCGCAGCUCCCGGUGCCUCGUCAUCGUCUUGCGCAGUCCCCGCAGCAGUUGAUUCUGAGGAACACCAGCACCAACACGCGUCGUCAUUCGAUAACACCAGCGCGACUGUGUCAAAGUCGGUCCGGAUAUUACGCCGAAGUAGAUCAACAUCCUCUCACGGGGGACUACACCUGCACCACAAGCGCGAACUCCACACUGCUUUUUGGAUCGACGGGCUGAUUUGGCUCAUCAAGCUGCCGUUUUCGAGCGGUCUCGACGGGAUCAGGGGCACGGGCGCGGACAGUGAGGGGUGGAAGAUGACGCCCUUCGAUUCGUACAGCCUGUCCGAUCCCGGCACCGGACAGGGGUCCAUGCCUAACUUUCCCUCCCGCCUGUUGACCAACAAGGAGAUCGAAGGGGGCGGUAUCCCAGCGGGUGGGAUGUUCGGGAAAUCCCCGGGGUUUUUGGAAAAGCCGCCGAUAACGACGAAGAAAAUCAUGGACGCGAAAAUGACUGCGGCGAGGUACACGCCCUGGGUAUGCAUGCUUGCAAAAUAUGUCCUCGUCCGGGUCUCCUGGAUGGUGAGUGCAUAGAUAGGUUGCUUAUGCUUGGCCGGCAGGAGAGAACUACUACGGCCUGUCAGGCCUAUUGCGACAUCUUCAUUGACACGGCCCGCCCUUCUCUUAUGCAUGACGUAGUUUGUCAUUCGCGUUCGCGUUGCGCAAGACAUCGCAACUCAAAAACUUGUCAGGCUGGUGCUUACCGCAUCCUCCAGAGGACCCAGAUGACACAUAAUUUGAGUACAAUCCAUACUAUGGCGCUGUCUCCAACGUGGUGAACGACACGGUGAUAUGAAUUGCAAAAGUAUCGUACUAUUAGUAAUUGCAUUACAAAUUACCUUAGCAUUACAAAUGGAAUUUGUAAUGCUGUUUUACCUUGGGACGGCGACGGAGAUUUGUAAUGCAUAAUUGCAAUUACUACGAGUACGAUGCUUUUUCACAGGAUAGGUGAUCGUGGCGUCCGACCCGGAACUUAUGGAAUUCUCAAACGUUCCUUGCAAUUACAUUGUUUGCUGUAUGUAUGAUUUGUCACGCAACUAAAUCAGCCUCCACACAGUGACGAACAUCAAAUAGAAGCUGCUUCGGCUUCGCAUUUUACAACUACAAAUUCUUGCAGCAGUUGUAAAAAACCAUCAUGGGAUCUUCCUGUGCCGAAUUUAUUGUGGUGCGAGACGUGCAACUACAAGCUCCCUCCUUUCAGUUUUGCGAUUCUACUUCCGUCAUAAAUUCAUGCAACAGCAGCUACUGGUGUUGGAACGUUUAAGAACUUCUGGAUAGAACUCCGCAAAAAUUUCGGAAAGAACUGGGCAGACCGGGCCGGGGCGGGGUACAAGAGGGAUAUGAAGUUUCUGAAGGAAAACGUCGUCGACCCGGUGGCCCACGAGAUAGAGAAGGCGGCGAAAUGGUCCGCGAACUAUUUCACCGGCCUAAACCUGUACGACCUCGAGACGCGCGCUGAGGAACCUGUGCACGAAGAAGACGAGGCGGCUGCCGUCGCGGACCUCCCAAAAGUCAACGAAGAAUCCCAACUGAACGCGGCGGCGGUCGCGGACUUCUCCGAGGGCGUUCUGCGGUCGGCGAAAUACGUGGCCGCCGCCUCCGACGCGAUGAGUUGGGGCACCAGCGGCUUGCGCGAGGGCGCCCAGUUCGAGGUGGGGACGGGCGCGGAAAAAGUCCCGCGGCUGUACGACGGCGACUUUGCUCUGAUGGCCGGGCGACAGAAGCUCCAGGUGAAGGCCCGGGAGCGAGCCAUUGCGAAGGCGGUGGAAGAAGGGGCGAUCACAGCAGAUCAGGCCAAGCAGAUCCAGCCCGCGGGCGCGAUUCCGGCAGCUUCGAAGGCGAUCACCACCGACGAUAUCAAGCAGAAAAAAGUGAUUUUCUCUACGUUGGCUAUUAAUAACGGAAAAAAUUGUCAUGCAAGAUCAAGAAGAAGAACGCACGGUAUAAAAAGCAAAAAAAUAGACGAUCUUCUAGUGCCCCUAGCGCUAGAAGCAUUCUUUCAUGAUAUACAAAAUCCCGAAAAUAAAACCUGGCAUGAUGCCCUGCUGCAAUCAGUAAGUGAGUACCGAUUUUGAAGACGUGAGCACAACUUUUCUGGUCGAUAGACGAGAUGGCGGAGCAGGAAUUUCAGAACCAGCCGGCAGUGCGUAUGGCCUCGUCAGCUGUUGGAACAAUCUCAACUGGAAUUGCAACGAUUUUUUGUGACGCAAAAUGUUACGCACGCGCUGUGGUCAACAAAAUAGCUCUGUGGGAAGAGCUUAGCAUGACAAAGUAGCUCUGACAGUCGAAGAUCCGGGUCCGGCACGAAGGAAAAUAUUUACUUAUAAUCCGUACGAAUAAAUUAUUUCUUGCCAUACUAAGUCAAAGACACAGCGGCAAGGACGUCGCGGCUCUGUGUCAUAAAUCGACUGAUGUACAACUAGAAGUAGAUGUUGUUACAGUUGAAACAGUUCCAGCUUUGACCAGGCCAUAAUGCGAGAGUACCGCAAGAAAUGCGGAUUGGCAAUCUCGACCCCGUUUGGCCAGGUAAUGGAGGGCGCGGGGUCCGGAGAGGGUUUUGUGGAUUACGACGCAUCCUGCAGUCAGGGAGGGCCGCCAGGGUACGUACAGAUGACGCGGUAAUUUACAUGAUCCGAACUCGAAAAAUGAAGAGAGC